AUGUCUUCCCCAGAGCAGACGACUGGCGAACCGCCAGCAGAAGGCGGUUUCCAAUAUCUCGUCAAGAACCCCUAUCUCUUCGGCGUUGCGCUGUUCUCAACUCUCGGCGGUCUCCUUUUCGGCUAUGAUCAAGGCGUCGUCUCCGGCAUCCUGACCAUGCAGUCGUUCGGAGCCCGCUUCCCUCGUAUCUACACCGACAGCAACUUUGAGGGCUGGUUCGUUUCUACGCUUCUACUCGCGGCAUGGUUCGGUUCCCUCUGCAACGGUCCCAUUGGUGAUCGCUUCGGCCGCAAAGCGUCCAUGUUGAUUGCAGUGGUGAUUUUCACUAUUGGUUCGGCGAUCCAGUGCGGUGCUCAGAAUAUUCCGAUGCUGUUUGCCGGCAGGGCUGUGGCUGGKCUUGCAAUUGGACAAUUGACGCAGAUUGUGCCUUUGUUUAUUUCUGAGGUGACUUCCACCUCAAUGAGACGCUUCUGGAUCGACUACGGCACAAACUACAUCGGCGGCACCCGCUGCGCCCCUUCAAUCCCUUACACGGGCGGCACACCAUCCAAACGCACUUUCAACCCAUACACCGACAUCCCCGCUGAUGGCAAAUGUACCGGUCAAUCCGAAGCAUCUUGGCGUCUCCCCUUUGCGCUUCAGAUCAUCCCAGCCUUGGCUUUGGGGAUCGGAAUGUUAUUCUUCCCGGACUCGCCGCGAUGGUUACUCAUGUAUGAGCGUGACGACGACGCGCUUGCCACAUUGUGUCAGUUACGUCGCAAGCCUGCGCGGGAUGAUCCGGACGUCGUAAAGGAGUAUCUCGAGAUCAAGGCAUCCAUCAUGCUCGAGAAUUCAUUCGCAAAGGAAAAAUGGCCCGAGCUCUCUGGUAUCAGACUUGAGAUUGCGCAGUAUCUGUCGUUGGUGACUUCCUGGCCUCGCUUCAAAAGGUUGGCGAUUGGCUGUGUGGUGAUGUUCUUUCAACAGUUUAUGGGUUGUAACGCAAUGAUAUACUACGCCCCCACAAUCUUCUCCCAACUCGGACUCGACGGAAACACAACCUCCCUCCUCGCCACAGGCGUAUACGGUAUCGUAAACUGCCUCAGUACGCUCCCAGCUCUGUUCCUCAUCGACAGAGUUGGUCGUCGCCCUUUGCUCAUGUGCGGCGCAAUCGGUACCUGCGUUUCGCUGGUAAUUGUGGCUGGUAUCAUCGGCGCGUAUGGAAGCUCACUCGUGAACCACAAGAGUGCGGGUUGGGCGGGCAUUGCGUUUAUUUAUAUUUAUGAUAUUAAUUUUUCGUAUUCUUUUGCACCGAUUGGAUGGGUUCUGCCCUCGGAGAUUUUCAAUCUUUCAAUUCGGUCAAAGGCUAUUUCGAUUACGACUUCGGCUACGUGGAUGUGCAAUUUUAUCAUCGGCUUGGUUACGCCCGACAUGCUUUCGUCCAUUACUUGGGGCACAUAUCUCUUCUUUGCAGUGUUUUGUCUGCUUGCUUUCGCAUUCACAUUCUUCGUGAUUCCAGAAACAAGAGGAAAGACUCUCGAAGAUAUGGAUCUCAUCUUUGGUGAUACCGCGGCCCACGAGGAAAAGCAGCGUAUUGUCCAUAUCGAGGCUCAGUUACGCGGUGUUCCGCUUGUUAGCCAGGAGGUGCUCAAGGAUGAUAUUGUGCAGCAGGAACAUGCCCACGGAUUGAACUAG